AUGGGAGCAAUCCAAGACGACUUGGUCAUGGAUCGUGAUACCAUCUCAGGCUUAAGAGCAUUCGAGAUUCCGACCAUGAGGACCUUGCGUCGGUUCGAGAAAAAGGACGACAACGCUUGGUUUGAGUUCCUAGGCACACUUCCAGUAGGCAUCUCUGAUGUAAAGGGUGAUGGAGGCGUACCUAUCUGGUACCACAACGGGCCACUGAUUGCCACAGAAUCAAAACAAGGAAUAAAGCCUCAGUCAAGGUACGUUAAUGGAGACGAAGACGAUACUGAUUAUAUCAAAUCUGAUAGUUGCUUCUAUCCGGGAGUUAUGCUUAAAGGGAACUCUGUCCCUUCCCAUUGUUGGAAUUCCGAGAACGAGCAGACACAGCAAAAAUUAGGGGAUCCUGAUUACUUCAAAGCUACGCAAGGGGAAAGCCACGUCGGCAACCUUACAGAGUAUAUCAACACUACGGACAUUGGCUUGAUGAAGGUCAAAGAUGGCAUAGCUUUCAAUAACCGCUUGCUCGACCUAAAUACCGUGCCGAAAAGGCUUGUAUCAGCAGGCGAAUUGAACCUUAACGAAGAAUACGCUAUCGAUAGUUUUGUUACUGGUACUCAAAGAUUGCGUCUUGCAGGUAUACGCGCUCGCAACGACGACGCAGUAUCAGCAUUGAAGGGAAAGCCGGAAGACAUUCCAGAUGAUGGGUAUCACCUUUCUUUUGCCCAAGGGAUUUACGCUACAGGUGCACCAGAAAUCUACAAUAUGCCAAGAAUUAGAGACGGUGUCAGUGGCUGUGCUGUGGUAAGGGUAAACCCAAGAAAGAAUGCGAGUGAACGAGAAAAUGUCUUGCAUGAAGGCGAAAUAUGCGGUUUCAUGCAUUGGUCAAACAUACAAUUUCGGUAUGGCUCCGGAGGUCUGCUUUGCUUUGCAGAUGCAGUGGAUAGUUUGGUUGCGGAGGGCUGGGAAGUUUGCAAAGUCGCCGAGAAGAGAGUUGCUGAAGAUGGAGAUCAAGAGGGAGAAUCACCCUCUAAGAAGCGGAAGUAG